UUCACCUGUAAAACGAUACUCGCACCUGUGUCACGUGAAUAAUUAAAUAUUCAUCAGUAUUAUAUAUUCGGACAUAAGCCGGAAGAUGACAAAAUGGAUGGUGGGAUGAAAGAACCUCUCGUAUACAAUGAGGACCCACCAAGUGUUAACGGGGGCCCACUGCCCGCUGGACACAGUCUCUCUCCUAGCGCAUUAGAACAAAUUACAUUGACAAAUGGGGAUGUGAGAACGGAAGAUACGUACAUAGUGAGCAGUGUUCAGCCAGGAAUAUACUCGGGAUUUACACCUGAUUAUGGCACGGCCAAUACUGACGGUAGACCGCGUGGAGGUGUGUGGACUCAGAAGCAAGUGUUCGGUGUGGAUGAGAACAAGGUGCGUGGUAACUGGACGGGCAGGUUCGAGUAUAUUCUGUCCAUGCUUGGGUAUGCGGUUGGACUUGGAAAUGUCUGGAGAUUUCCUUACUUGUGCUAUAGGCAUGGCGGUGGGGCUUUCCUUGUCCCCUAUCUGCUGUUCAUGACGUUUGUUGGGAUCCCGCUGUUUUACCUUGAGUCCAGUCUUGGUCAGUUUACCAGCUGCGGACCAACAACUUGCUGGAAUUUCGCGCCACUUUUUCAAGGUGUAGGAAUUGCUAUGAUGAUAUCUUCGUUCAUCAUAGCCGGAUAUUACUGUAUGAUCAUAGCGUGGUGCCACUUUUACUUCUUCGCCUCUUUUACCAGUCAUCUCCCGUGGUCAAAAUGUGACGAGUGGUGGAAUACAAAAGACUGCAGCGAGAGAUUGCCGGACGUGUCGUGUAACGCUACAGGCGAGGUUCAGAAACCAAAUGGAGAAUGUUAUAUUGCGGGUAAUUUUUCGGGACUGUGGGACUACAGUUUGUUCAAGAAUGUGACGGGCAGGCAGAGGAUCGCACCUACAAAAGAGUAUUGGGAAAACUAUGUGUUACGGAUGGGUGAAGGUAUAGAAGAUACUACUACUCCUCAAUGGCGUCUAGUGUUGUGUCUGCUAUUCUCGUGGACGCUUGUUUUCCUCUGUCUGAUCAAGGGUAUUAAAUCCGCGGGAAAGGUUGUUUAUUUCACAGCCAUAUUCCCGUAUGUGAUUUUAGUUAUUUUGUUCUUCCGUGGAGUAACUUUAGAAAAUGCGGGUGAAGGCGUCAAAUAUUACAUCACCCCGGAUUUCACCAAGUUGGUAGAUGUAGCUAUAUGGAAAGCCGCAGCGGUACAAAUUUUCUACUCGAUGGGUCCUUCGGGCGGUGGAAUAAUUGCUCUGUCAAGUUACAACAGAUUUCAUAACAAUAUACUGAGGGAUUCCUUAAUAGUGUCUCUUGGUAACUGCAUGACGAGCAUAUUUGGCGGAUUUGUUAUAUUUUCUUCCAUUGGUUACAUGGCUGGACAACUUCAGGUCAGUGUGGACCAUGUUGCAGAUAACGGCCCAGGACUAGCAUUUGUAAUUUAUCCAGAAGCUGUUCGCAGUCUCCCUCUACCAAUGUUCUGGUCAAUCAUAUUCUUCUUCAUGCUCAUAACACUUGGACUGGACAGCCAGUUUGCGUCAGUAGAAGCCAUUCUGACAGGUAUACAAGACAUUGUGCCAAAAUGUAGAGAAAAGAAAGUUAUUUCAAUAUUCAUCAUUUGUGUUGUGUUCUUCUUACUGGGGUUACCUUAUACAACCAAGUGUAAGGACAUUGAGACUAUGAUAGGUCCCUGGUCUACGUGGUACUGGAUGGUUUGUUGGUUGGCUAUUACUCCAGCCAGUAUUGUGUUCAUUUUAUUGUACUCUUGGAUAAAAUACGAACCUGUGGAAUAUAAUAAUUAUAAAUUUCCGAAGUGGUCGGAAGACUUGGGCUGGGUAAUAUCUUUCUGUGCAAUAGCAGCGGUGCCUGCAGUUAUGCUCUACAAACUUAUCACAUACAAAAAAGGACACUCAGUUUUACAGAAACUGAAACUUCUACUGUUGCCAACACGUGACUGGGGUCCCGCCCUCGUUCAACACCGCCAGCUAGUGAAGCAUGUACCUGGCUUUACAGUCAAUCCUCUAGAUUCAAGUCAAAAUACAGAAUUUGCCUAUCAAAAUAUGUCAGUGCCAGACUACAGCAAUAUUGCAGGAACCACAGAGCACGAGACAGUUGCAUAGUGUUUUAACAACAAUUAUUCAAAAUCAAAAUCUGAAUGAAUCUCUUUUACCAAGUCUGUGAUAUUUUUUUAAUUUAUUAUAGUCUGGAGUAUUAUAUAGUUGUAAUAAUAUAACAUAGAAUCUCAUUUAAACCUAAAAAUAAUAAUAUAAUAAUUAAAAAAAUCUUAGUUUAUUAGUAUAUUGUUCUAAACAGACAUUUUACGGAAAUAGUAUUGCAGUAUAGUACAUUCCUAAUAUGGCAUUUGCAUGUGGCCAGACACUGCUGCUGUUUUUUUCCGACUGUUUUAUAUUGUAAGAAAUAUCUCCAUGACUAUUAUUCAAAACGUUGGAUGCCCCAGGCUUGAUAGUGUGUCAGGCCUCAAAAAUGACAUUUUUGAUAUCAGUAUACAAGUGUAACAAUUUUUCUUCAAACACUACUUCAAACUUUGUUGAACGACAGUUAGAUUCUAAAUGUCCAAAGUCGCAUGCUAGUCUACAGUUAUAACUUUAAAUGGGGAAGUUUGCAGUUACUUGCGGAGAACAGGUUUGUACUGGUACAGAAUUCAGGAACACUGGUUAGGUUAACUGCCCGCCGUUACAUGACUGAAAUACUGUUGAAAAACGGCGUUAAAACCAAAACAAAACAAAAUUAAAAUCAUGCAUGCACCCUGGCACCUGCAGAAUAUGGCAAAUCAUACAGAAAGCGUUGCAUUUAUUGGUUUUGACACUUAAUCAUAAUUGUAAAUAUAUCCUUUUAAUCCAAUCAGCCGAUAUCGCAUUGAAUCUUACGGGCUUCUCUAAACUAUUUCUGUACAAAUGGUUGAAUGUAUUCAUUUUUCAGUCAUUGGAAAACCAACUUUCCCCCAGUCAAAUGCAGUUCAGCCACAGCAUAUGUCUGUUUGUCAUACGAUUGGCUACUGCUGAAUAUACGUUGUUUUACACCUAUAUAUAAGGCUCUUUUAACCCGACACCUCAAAAGAUCUAUUUCAUUUUUAACAACUGUCACAAGAAUUGCACCUCGGCAAUACGAUUAACAACAUUUUAAUGCUUUUGUGCCUGCUUAAGCAUGUGCAUUUUUUUUGUACAUUUGUUCUACAAAGAGAGUCCUAAAAAUCGUUUAAUUACAAAGGUCAUUAGCUCGACUAUACGAAGUAUAAGGAGAGCUAUCCUACUCGACCCAGGCGGCGUCGGCGUCGGCGUCUUUCCGUGUCCCCACCUUGGUUAAAGUUUUUUUACACAUUCUCUUUUUUCAACUUAUCUCUGUAAUUACUUGAUGGAUUUGAUUCAAACUUGAAAUACUUAUUCCUCAUCAUCAUCCACAUCAUCUGACAUUAGGGCCAUAACUCUGGCACCAAUAUUUCAUGAAUUAUCCCCCCUUUUCACUUAGAUUUUCAGGUUAAAGUUUUGAUGCACUUUCACUCUAUCUCUGUUAUUACUGAAUGGAUUUGAUUCAAACUUAAAAUAGUUGUUCAACAUCAUCACCCACAUCGAUCACAAGGUGCAUAACUCUGAAAUACUUGAAAUACUUAUUCCUCAUCAUCAUCCACAUCAUCUGACAUAAGGUGCAUAACUCUGGCACCAUUUUUUCAUGAAUUAUUCCCCUUUUUUUACUUAGAAUUUCAGGUUAAAGUUUUGGUGCACUUUCACUCUACCUAUGUUAUUACUGAAUGGAUUUGAUUCAAACUUAAAAGAGUUGUUCAGCAUCAUCACCCACAUCAUAUGACACAAGAUGCAUAACUCUGGCACAAUUUUUCAUGAAUUAUUCCCCUUUUUACUUAGAAUUUCAGGUUAAAGUUUAUGCACUUUCACUCUAUCUCUGUUUUUACUGAAUGGAUCUGAUUCAAACUUAAACAGUUGUUCAACAUCAUUACCCUUAUCAUAUGACACAAGGUGCAUAACUCUGGGACCAAUUUUUCAUGAAUUAUUUCCCCUUUUUACUUAGAAUUUUAGGUUAAAGUUUUGAUGCACUUUCACUCUGUCUGUUAUUACUGAAUGGAUUUGAUUCAAACUUAAAAUAGUUGUUCAGCAUCAUCACCCACACCAUAUGACGCAAGGUGCAUAACUCUGGCACCAAUUUUUCAUUAAUUAUUCCCCCUUUUUACUUAGAAUUUUAGGUUAAAGUUUUGAUGCACUUUCACUCUGUCUCUGCUAUUGCUGAAUGGAUUUGAUUCAAACUUAAAAUAGUUGUUCAGCAUCAUCACCCACACCAUAUGACACAAGGUGCAUAAAUCUGGCACCAAUAUUUAAUGAAUUAUGCCCCUUUUUGCUUAGGAUAUACUUAUAUAGUGUUUUGAUACAUUUUAUCUUUACCUCUCUUAUUACUUUAAGUUGAUAUUUUUGACAUAGACUCAGGCUAUUGUGCAAUAUCUUCAUCCACAAUUGGAUUCAUUAAACACUCCAGUGACAGCUCUAGUUUCCUCAGAUGUGCCCAGUUUCACUAUCCAGCAUCGAAAUAGUCGAGCGCGCUGUCUCCUUUGACAGCUCUUGUUUUAAAAAUUCAACUGUCCUGCAACCUUACUUAUUUGCAAAAAGUAUGCGGUUGAUUCGCUCUGUAUGCUGUAUUCUGCUAGACAAUCAAAAAGUGGUUAAUUGUAAUUGUGUGUUCAUUUUAUUGACAAUAUUAUUGCAUUUUGCUACCUUAAAUUUGUCAUUUCAAUAAGCCCUUUUAGCAUGUAAUGUGUUUAUGUUACUACUCUCUUUAUCGCAUCACUUUUUAUAAAACUUGCUGUAAAGUGAGGAAAACCUAAUCUCAUACCAAUUUUAAACAAUUCAACUCUAUAAAUAUUCUCAUUCGAGUAUUGAGGUACAAAAUAUAAUUGUAUAUAAAUAUUUAUUUGAAUCAUUAUCGUAUCAUAGAAACAGAGAACAUGUGUUGUCAGAAACCAAUGGUGAGGGAUCGGGACAAGAAAACAUCCUCUUGAAAUUCACAUUGUUCAUCAUAACAUUGUUGAUUCUGAAAUGUAACAAGAAAACGAGACCCUUAAUCACAGUCGGCAAAUUUUACGUAUUCACCGUAUGUGAUUUCGGCAUUCUCCGGCUUUUAUGGAAAGACAUGUGCGCGUUGAGUUACAUUACGACUGAAGAAUACCGAAUUUACUAACGAGAAUACGUGAUCACACGGAAAUUACAGGUUCACAAUAAUAUUAUCAUCCGUGGAUUUUGUACUUCCCAUCUGGUACGAAAGGUCACGUGUUUGUUUAAGCUACUGUGACUGCCGAAGAAUAUCGAAAUUGAAUCGGAGAUUACGUUAUAUUUUAUUCACUGCCUUAACUAUUGCAGAAUCAUUGGGCUGUGAAAUUCAUUUAUAAAACCAUGUACAAAAUUGGAACUUAAUUUUACGUGGAGAAAUAACUUGAAAAACUGAAAUAUUUUGUUUAAACAUAUUGGAGUUUAUUUUAACAUUGUAUUACUUAUGAGUAAAUGUUCUUUUACUGUUAGCUGCAAGUAGAAGGCCAUUUAUUUGCAUUUUUAAAUCUCCAGUUAUCAUAAAAUUGUCAGUCUUUCUUAAUUUUAUUUUUACAUUUUUAUAUUGUAUUUACUAAAAUAUCGGUUUUAGAAUCUUGCUUCUCACGCUGCCCUUGAAAUAAUGUAAAUGUCUAUAAAAAAUUAAAUGUUAAUCUCGAGAUUGUAAAUAUGUUCGUUUUUGUUUCUCUUUCUUGUCCAAGUUUUUCCAUUGUCUUACACAAAAUGUUUGUUUCAUUUCAAGGUUAUUGUUUUCAUUUCCGAGUCAAAGAUGCUUAUCCGUGCAAUAAUUUUCUAGCUCGUUUACAUUAAUGUAUUGUUUGGAAAUUUCGUAGAAUCUCAAAAUAUGUUUCUUAAAAUAAAAUGUGCAGGUUUACACACUUUUAAAAUCUAUUGAAAGGAAUUCAGAUCUUCACAGAUUUUAGCGAAUAAAAAUUCAAAAAGUCUUACUUAAGAAAUGAGUAAUUCGAUUAAAUUGAAAAAAAUACCUUUCUCUCGUUAAACGCUGUCUGUAUGAUCCAUCAUUUAGCUGACAGUGUAACUGGAAAACAAACAAAGACCAUGUUAUACACUGGUCAAAGUGAUUGAAGCUUAUACAAGUCAACACCGGUAACCCAUAUGGGAAACUUCUCCAGAAGGCUGUUAGCAAUGUUAGUGGAAGGGUAGUGCAAGAUACAGAAGACUCUCAAAGUCCAGAAGCGCUUUCGUGCGCAAGGUACCCAUACAGUACCUAUACAGUACCCAUACACGGAACUCUUGUCCAAAGGCUAGUAAUUUUAAGUUGGAGAAGCGGGAACUCGAAAUCAUGACCCCUAGUCUGUGUAACCACCGAGUCAUUAAAUCCCCUUUUUACCAUUAUGUGAUUCUGGGAUUCACCUGUCAGAGAAAACUGUUCUCAAGCAUGGUGUGUGUUAAUUCUGAGAGUUUAUUCACAGUUACCAGCUUUUAACUCCCGAGUGGCGUUUUUGCCAGUGGACUAACUGUUCAAAAUAAGAACCAGGUUACUUUGUUUGCUUGUUUCAUUGUUACUUUGUAUAUUUUUUGUGAACACUAGUAUUUCAGUCCUGCAUACAUCUAUGCACGCACUGCUACAGGGUUUCGUUUAGAGGUGAUGUGGGGCUGCCUUCUUUAAAUAUCUAAACCUUUCUAGUGUUCGCAAACUUCGACACAAGCAUACAGAUCAUCUAUUUCUUUAAUAAUAUUGGAUUUUUGAGACGGAAUUAACUGACUAGAAAGGAAAAACGUCAUACUUGCGCAACGUUGAGGAUGAAUAUCACGUUUUCAGUGAUGCUGGUUCCUUCAAUGACUCUGUCAGUGUUUAUACUGUCCGUCAAGUAAACCUGCCAUUAUAACAGUAAAAACGAUUACAUACAUUUUUGUUUUGUUUUUUGUAAAUGUUUUAUAAUAAGUUUAUUUAGUCUAAGUACGAUAUCAGUUAGUAUCUAUAUUUCUUUCGAAGUCGGCAUUUCAAAUACCAGACACUGCACACAUUCUGAAGUAAUAAAUGAACAGCUGUUAACGAAAUGAUGUAUUUAUAAUGCCAUUCUAUGUACAAACAUUUUCUGGCUAAAUUAACUGUCAGUUUAGAUUGUACUUAAGUAUAUAUAAAUUUACAGUUUUUAUAAAUGUUUAGCUAUUUAUUUUAUUAAACUAGAUACGAAA